CUUGCCGUGAUGCAGUUGACCAAGAUUACGAAGACGAAUUGUGCGAAAGACUGGCUGAUGCUGCCAUUGGAAUCAGUUCAGACCUAGAGACGUCGGAAGAAAUUUGUAAGAGCCUAGGGUUCUGUUGGGAUCCACCACCCAGGAACGAUAUUUCUCUAAACCCUGAAUUUGUAAAGGGCGCAGGUUUUGUAACAGGAGCAGCAGCGAUCAUAGGUGGGAUUGCGAAACUUUGGCACAAAUUGUCACCUCUCUUGAAACAUCUCAAACAUCUCAUGCCUGUACUGCGCACGGCAAUGGCUCCACUCUAUAUGGCUGGUCGAAAGAGGCGUGCCAUUUCCUCCACAGAUUGGAAUCUACGAGAGAUCUAUGACGAGGAAGAGUACGAUCAGUUCAGGAACCUGGAUAACACGCCCAAUGCUGUCCAUGAUCUGUCUGAACGACUGGAUGCUAACAUGACCGCAGCUGAAAUGAAACUGAUGUGUGAUGUGUGCAAACUCCGAAAAUAUCUCGAUCCCUCCAAUACCAAUGAGUCUGAUGGGGAGGGUCGGUCUGAGGGGAUGAUCUUGUGCCGCGCACUUCCGUCAAAGAGGGCCCAGCGAAAGUGUAUAAAGGACCUGCGUCAGAUCAUCGAGACCAUAGGAUCCUUAUUUGGUCCUGUUGAAUCUUGCCAGUUUAUCAGCUGCGUAGCGGAGUAGCCGUUUCUCCAGGCCACACUCGGUGUGGUCAAGAAUUCGCAUGAUGUCCAAUGAAAAGGGUGCUAUAAAAUAGUUCUUCUCGAUUAUUACUUCAUCAAUAUUAGCGUUGGUGUUACACUCUGAAUGCAAGUGCUUCAGAUUUGCUGAUCAUUUUUACAAGCAAUUUCAACGAUUUCUCCAUCACAUAAUCACCAGAGAAAAUAACAGAUUAGUGACAUAAUAUUAUUAUGAAGUAAUAGCCAUAGAAAAUAACCAGUAUCCACUGUGGCAUGAGAAAGAAAGGAUUGCAUGAAAGUAUUGAAGUAACAGUUGUCAUUGCUCAAAAAUCAGUAAGGGUUGGGUUCUUUGUUUGUUCUUGUUUGUUUGUUUAUAAUUUGUCUUUAUCUAAGAAUCUCUUUCUUUAAAAAAUGUAAGAUGCAUCUUUCAUAGGAGAAGUCCACUUAUUCCAUUAAAUAAGUUUGUUUAUGAUGAUAUCAUUUGUCACAAGAAUACAAAAUGCAAAUUUCCCACAAAUGUCAUAAAAAUGAAAUCCCUGAACAAAGCUUAAUGAUGAAAGUUUAAUCGCAAUCGUAUAAAAAAAAAAUAAGCAAGUUUAAGGUUUGCUUAAUUUACGAAACUGUAAUAUAUGCGCAAUACGGGCAAUAUGCAAAUGAGGUAACCAAUGAUGUAACACACACACACUAUGUUUGCAAAAAAAUAUUUCAAUAAUGUUACUCCACAUGUUCAGGGAGGACAUGGGGGAAUUAAAUCUUGUUCCACUUUAUAAUGAGGAAAAAUUGAAAUGUGUUUUUUAUUUCACGCAUUAAAAUACAGAAAGAAAGUAGUGAUUGGAUGACUUCAUGAUUUUCCUCAUUUGCAUAUUAAACUUGGCUCCGUAACACAGAGGUUUGCGAUGAAUUUCAAAUAUGAAAGAACUGCACUGAUUGGCUCCCGGUCAGUAUGUUAAACAGAGUACGCAUGUAAUGAUGAUCUUGAUUGGUCGUUGGUAUUUAGCAAUUGAUUGGAAACCCCUUGUGUUACGGAGCCAAGUAUCACUAUUUUGUGAAAUAAAUCGAAAUUCAAAUUGCCAUUUAUUAUUCUACAUCCGAUUUUAAGAUUUGUGAUAUGAAAUUUUAUUACAAAAUACAAUCGAAGUAAUGAUACAUAAUCAAAGAUAACAAAGUCCUAUGUCAUUCUCAAUAAUACAUACAAAUUAAAAAUAUAUAAUGAAUAUGAAAUGUUCACUGUAAUACUUGUUUUAUUUGUUUUCCUCUUCAGUUAAAUUAAAAAAAAAAAGUUGGAGGACUUCCCCUUACAUCUUCCUGCUGUAGAAUCCAAGACGUAGUUCUUCACAUUACAUAGGCUUCACUAUCCAAGUAAUAUAUAAUAUAUAAACAUUCCCCCCCCCCCCACUCCCCCCCCCCCCUCUCUCUUUGAUACACCCAGUAUAUCAUAAAUAAAUGUGUUGAUUGGUUCAUACACAUAGGGUAGCAACAUUUCGGCCUCAAUGGUAGAUUGGCAAUAAAAUGAACUACUACAGACCGUCACAAAAUGUAUACCAUCACAAUCAUGACUAUUGUUAUCAUAUUCAUUAUCUUUAGAUUAUAUUUUAAAUCACUGUCAUCGUUCUAGUUAUUACUAUUAUUACUAUUAUCAUUAGUAGUAGUAGUAUUAUCAUAGUUAUUAUUAUCCUUAUUACCAUUAUUCUAAUGAUUUUCAUAACUAUGUCUGUGCUUGUUUCAUUAUCAUUAAUAUCAAUAUUGUUGUUGUUAUUACUUAUGUUUAUAUUCAUAUUACCGCCAUUACUGUUAUCUCGAUUAUACCAACGUGUAUUGUGACCAACCACACCAAAACCAACAAUAAGUCGCUCAAAAUGAAUUUUUAAUUUUUCAUUGAGCCUGAAAAAGCACGUCCUGCAGCUUUAAAUAUAACUCGUCAAAUUUGAUCAUCAUUAGCCCUCACAAAACCAGCGAGAGCUUCAUGCAUGAGACGUACACACUGUGCAAUUUCUGUGAAACUUCCAAGCAUCCACAGCAAAAUUUGGUGCUAAAGAAACUCUUGUAUCUUGUCGUUUAUUCAACUUAUGAACUUCAUAUGUUGAUAGCAUGAAGAAUAAUUACUCUUUCAGAAAAAAACUUUUUUUUUAUUUUUGCUUUUUUAAAGACCAAAUUACUAUUUUGGCUAUUUUCUGAGAGUUAUUGUCGGGUCGGGGGUGACUGGUCACAUGCUCAUCCAUAUUAUUUGUAUACUGUAGAUUUCAGUUACCCAGAGCAGCUUCGACAUUAUGGUAACUUUUUGACAAUGAAAGAGAAAGUGUUUCUCGACUAUUAAAUGGACGAUUUUGUUAAAUGUUAA